AUGGCUUCGUCUUUAGAUGGUCCAUCCUCUCCUUUGACCUCAACGCAAUACAUUUUGACAAGUAAUUUCGAUUUGCAAGAAAUAUUAUCACAAUUUGAAACACAACCUGAUCCAUCAAAAAUUAUUUUAACUUUAAAAGUUGAAAGAGAUAAACGUAGAGCAGAAGAAGCUAAAUUGCGUGUUCGUGAAUUUGACCUAAUACUAAUGGAUCGUCAUAGGCAAAGAAGAUUUGCGGAACACGUUGAAGGUAUGGAUGUAUCCAAUAAUACUAAUAAUUAUGAAGAGCAACUAAUUCUUCUUAAUAACGAACAUGAUCCGCACCGUAAUGUGGAGGAUGCAAUGAAUUAUAAAAAAUAG